AUGUUCUCCGCCGAUCUCUCUUGGACGGAUCCGAAUACAGAAAAGGUUGGUGAGCGAAGAGAACGAAUCGCGAAAGAGCGUUCGCUGCACUCCACAACACCUUCCGUGACCAGCUCUAGGAGCUCGAUAGCUUCCUCUUUCGCCGAUGACCGACAACUGUGGUGGACGUCAAGCUUCCGAAAAGCCAAAAGUCUAAGACCGAACAAAAAGGCAAGACCUUUGACGAGUCGCAGCAAUGUCACAGACGCCUCGCGGCGAGAAUCCACCUGUCUUCGCUCUGUCGAGACAGAACCGAACCGGGAGUUGAAGGACCCAUCACUACAACCGAGUUGGACGUAUUCUUCUACCUUAUCCGCAACUCUGCCGUCCGGUGCGCCUCUAGAUCCUCCAGCACCUGAGUUCGAAGUGCCUGAAUUAGAAGGCGACUUAUCGUCUCGCGGAGCCAACUCUACAGGCUCUCGAUCCUCACAUGAGCGACGCUGGAGCCUGAAGCCUUCCCCCAAGGUUCACAUCGCUGAUGAGAUCGAGGAGAUCUCACCACGCAGUCCUCGCUCUUUCAUCACUCGCACAGCACAGCGGAGUUCCAUAUCUGCGCAAUUCGACGAUAUCGCCACAAUCACUCCGACCACGUAUCAUGACAACAAAAAACAGCACCGCUCCAUGAAAUCUGAUGGAUGUAUGGGACUCGAGCGCCUGAAACUGCAAGACCAACCUGAGCAAGACGUGGCACUAGUAACACCUAUCGAGACACAUCGGUCGCACGCCAACGGCUUCGCAUCUUCGAAGUUGGCACCAUGGAUACCUCCUAACGACUGGAACAUCUUGCAACCCCACGGUGCCGAGGAGCUGCAAGAAAUUGAGAAGCCGCGAAAGCAACGGAAGGAGCUGCCGCCAACACCCGUAUUGGAUGGGAUUACGAUGGCUCAGAAUAGCCUGCUGGAGCUCACGAGAUUUCAGCGAUUCAUCCGGCGAAUGGAAAGUGCGGGUCCAAAAGUCAUUCUUGAUCGGCUCAAGGAAGAGUGGGAUGACCCUAAUGACGAGGAGACCAACGAAGAGUUGCAUCUGGAGAAGCGAUUGUGGGUGCUGACUGCAUUCCAGCUCCAAAACACGGGAAGGCUACAAUCGAAUCCGCAACCGAAGUGUAACACGGGCAAGAUUCUCGAGAUGUACGGUGAUCUAGCGGAAGUAUAUCAACUCUCUGCGAUGCAUCCAAGACACAAGGUUCAAUACCUGACUACUGAACCUCAACGACCGAUGCCGCUACCAGGAAAUGUGUCGUACACUACGGUGUCACAGCUAGGUCUUAUUCCAUGCCCUUGGCCAGAUGCGACGUUCUCCCGCAUUCGUGCCUCGACGCUUCCCUCGCUGGUGCCGUCAUCGAAGUUACCGGAACUGUUACGCGAAUGUCACCGCUUGCUUGCGCCUGGAGGGGUGCUUGAGAUUAGGAUCAUGGACGCUGCACCCGUCCGGAAAACUGCUGGUCCAUUGUUGAGAGCAUGGAUUGAGGACCGACUGUCGAUAAAUUUGGAGAAGACUUUCCGUUGCUCAAAGCCUUGCAUGCUUUUCCCCGGUUGGAUCGCUGAUGCUGGCUUUGAGCUACCCAGGGUCGAAGGCGUGAACCAGGUCAUGCAACUACCGUGCGCUUUCGACGGAUCCUGCGUUGACGCGGAGCUCCAAAUGCUCGUCGGUAGAGCGCUUUGGAAAGACAUUUGGGGUCCAUACGUUGAUGUUGAUGAGACCUCCGAUGAACCUCAGUUUUGGUGGGAGGUAGAUGAGAUCGUGGAGGAGUGCUUGGAACACCGCACGGUGUUCGAAUGCGGAGCUAUCUUCGCCUACAAGAAGUAG